AUGGCACAUUUGCAUAAGGUUCUUUUGAUUCUCACGCUCUUUUUCCUUGCUGUGAAUGCCAAACACAGACGCCACAAACGCAAAAACCCACACCUUCGAAUCCCACUCCUUCCAAUCCCACACCUCCCUCCCUUACCUUUCACGCAAGAACCCUCGGAUGAUAAUAACAAUUUUCCUGGUCAAAAUGAUAAAGAUGAUCAGGUUAUUGGAGGAGGGGAAGAAAACAAGGGUGAUUUCAAUAUGGUAUCUUUUGGGCAUUGGGAGCUGAUUUCUGAGAACUCAGGUGUAUCAGCCAUGCAUAUCAAUUUGUUGCCAACAAAUAAGAUAAUCGUCUUUGACUCCAAAAUUUACCGUAACUCAAGACUCAAAUUACAAGAUGGGGUGCCAUGCCUUCCGUACAAAGAUGCCAAUCAAAAUGACCAACUUGAUUGUGCUGCUCAUUCCAUGGAAUACGAUAUUGAGACAAAUCAAGUUAGGCCACUCAAGAUAGGAGGGGGAGAUCCGUGGUGCUCAAGCGGAGGGCUUGCACCUGACGGUACCCUCGUGGGUUCUGGUGGUUUCCUAGAUGGAGGAAAAACCCUCAGAUUCAUAGGUGGUCCUGAUUGCCAAGACUGUCAAUGGAGGGAAUAUGACAACGCAUUGGCAGAGGAAAGAUGGUAUGGAACUCAACAACUCCUUCCCAAUGGAGACUUCAUUGUGAUAGGAGGGCGCAGAUCUUUCAGCUAUGAGCUCCUUCCAAAGGAAGGCCAAAAAGGCGAGAAACCCUACUUCUUCCCAUUCCUCUACGAGACCUCCGAUUUCGACGAGAACAACCUCUACCCAUUUGUCCACCUUUCCACCGACGGUAACCUCUUCAUCUUCUCAAACAACCGGUCCCUCCUCCUCAACCCCACUACCCACAAAAUCGUUCGCACCUUUCCCGUCUUGCUCGGCGGUUCCCGUAACUACCCAGCCUCCGGCAUGUCAGCUCUCCUCCCAAUAGACCUCAACGCCGCCACCCUCAAGGCUGAGGUCAUUGUCUGCGGUGGAAACCUCCCCAACGCUUUCGAGUUAGCUGAGACCAAGAAAAUCUUCCUGCCAGCUCUUCAAGACUGCAACAGGUUAACCAUCUCAGAACAAUUCCCUGAGUGGGACAGAGAGUUAAUGCCUUCGAGGAGAACCAUGGGAGAUGCUCUGAUCCUCCCCAAUGGAGAACUCUUACUCAUCAACGGUGCACAAGUAGGCACGGCAGCAUGGUGGGAUGCUGAUGCACCUAACUACACCCCCGUUUUGUAUAGCCCUCUGAAGCCUAAAGGGUUGAGGUUUAGGGUGUUGAAGCCAAGCCAAAUUGCCAGAAUGUACCAUUCAACUUCAGCAGUGCUUCCUAGUGGAAAGAUUUGGGUUGGUGGAAGCAACACACACGAUAGGUAUAAGGAUCAAGAUAAGUUCCCAACUGAGACUAGAGUUGAGGCUUUCUCUCCUCCUUAUCUUGAUGCAAAGUUUGACAAGUAUAGGCCACAGAUCAAUGAGUUUGCUUCGGAUAAGGAAUUGAGAUAUGGAGGAUACUUUGAGACACAAUUCUCGGUUGAAGAUCAAGCUAUGUUGACUUUGAAUGACAUUAAGGUUACCAUGUAUUCCCCACCUUUCACCACUCAUGGGUUCUCUAUGGGCCAGAGGCUUUUGUAUCUCAAGACUGAGAAUAUAAUGACAUUUGAAGGCUUUUAUAGGGUUAGGUUGGUGGCGCCACCGUCCGGUGAGAUUGCUCCUCCUGGGUAUUACUUGCUCUUUGUCGUCCACCGUGGUUUGCCUGGCAAGGGAAUGUGGGUGCACAUCCAGUAG